ACUCCUGCUCUGUCUUUAGUCACAUAUGCUGAACAAGUCUCUCAUCGUCCACUCUGCGGCUGUCUUAUAGUUUACCUCCCAUGCUCACCCGGCACCGAGUCUUCAGUCUCCAAAACGUAUAAUCUUCUACUGAGCCAAUCUGUCCAUUAAGAAGCGGCCUCCACAUUUCACACGAUAUCGCCAAUUAAAUUCUGACGGACUGCGCUGGAAACGAGAAACGGAUUUUUCAAUUCAUCACCGGCAGAAGUGCUAGUUUGACAAGCCAGAUCGUAACAAGUACACCCGAAAGACCUACUAUCAGUCACUAUUCCCCCCCCCACCCCCCAAGAGGCUACUUCCAAGUUUUGAAUUUUUUCACUGCAAGCGUGUGCCUGGCACUGACCUGCGAGAAACUUUUUUUGCGCUCCCCCGCGUGUGGUAAAUUUCACACACAGGACUCAUUGAUUGCGGCAUAAAAAGGGGCACGGAGACUAAGAACAUGAUGAGCAAUAAUACGUACUACGACCAGCAGCAGCCGCCUCAGUACUACCAGGGCUCCGAUAACGGGGAAGAACAGGACGAGGAGAUGCCGGCCACAGAAAAGGAUCUAGCGGAAGAUGCUCCUUGGAAGAAGAUCCAACAGAACACCUUCACCAGGUGGUGUAACGAACACCUGAAAUGCAUGAACAAGAGAAUCAACGACCUACAGAAAGACCUCAGCGACGGGCUCAAACUAAUCGGUUUGCUGGAGGUUUUGAGCCAAAAGAAAAUGUACAGAAAGUAUCACGCGAGACCCAACUUCAGACAGAUGAAACUGGAAAAUGUAUCGGUCGCGCUGGAAUUCCUGGAGAGAGAACACAUUAAACUGGUGUCGAUAGACAGCAAGGCCAUCGUGGACGGGAACCUGAAGCUGAUCCUGGGCCUGAUCUGGACGCUGAUCCUGCACUACUCCAUCUCCAUGCCCAUGUGGGAGGACGAGGACGACGAGGACGCCAAGAAGCUGACGCCCAAGCAGCGGCUGCUGGGCUGGAUCCAGAACAAGGUGCCGCAGCUGCCAAUCAACAACUUCCACCGGGACUGGAGGGACGGCAAGGCCCUGGGGGCCCUGGUGGACAACUGCGCCCCCGGUCUGUGCCCCGACUGGGAGACCUGGGACCCCAACCAGCCCGUGGAGAACGCCAGGGAGGCCAUGCAGCAGGCUGACGACUGGCUGGGCGUGCCACAGGUUAUCGCGCCCGAAGAGAUCGUGGAUCCCAAUGUGGACGAGCACUCGGUCAUGACCUACCUGUCCCAGUUCCCCAAGGCCAAGCUCAAACCCGGAGCUCCACUGCGGGCCAAAACACUGCACCCUAAAAGGGCCAGGGCCUACGGGCCAGGUAUCGAACCCCGUGGAAACAUUGUCCUGAAGCUGGCCGAGUUCACCGUGGAAACGGUGGAGGCUGGGCUUGGUGAGGUCAUCGUGUACGUGGAGGACCCGGAGGGACACACGGAGGAGGCCAGAGUCGUUGCCAACAAUGACAAGAAGCGAACCUACACUGUGACCUACAUGCCCAAGGUGGAAGGCCUUCACAAGGUGACUGUGCUCUUUGCAGGGCAGGAUAUAGACAGGAGCCCCUUCAUGGUCAACGUCUCCAAGGCGAUGGGAGACCCCAACAAGGUGUCGGCCCGCGGGCCGGGCCUGGAGCCCGUGGGCAACGUGGCCACCAAGCCCACGUACUUCGACAUCUACACCGCAGGUGCCGGGGCGGGAGACGUGGGCGUGGUCAUCGUCGACUCCCAGGGCCGGAGGGACACGGUGGAGAUCCUUCUGGAAAACAAGGGGGACAGCAUUUUUCGCUGCACCUACCGGCCCAUGCUGGAGGGGCCCCACACCGUCUACAUCACGUUCGCGGGCCAGCAGAUCCCCCGAAGCCCCUACACCGUCAACAUCUCUGAGGCCCCGCCUAGCGCCCUGCCGGCCGGUACUCCGGUUCAGAUAAUCCCCCAGUCUAUUCGCACUCCGCCCACCGAAAAGACCAAGAAAAUCCCGCCCCCAACGCCGCCUAAACCCAGACGACCAACCAGCAACCCCAAUGCCUGCAGGGCUACGGGGCGCGGCCUGCAGCCCAAGGGCAUCCGGGUGAAGGAGGUGGCCGACUUCAAGGUCUUCACCCGAGGAGCCGGGACCGGGGAGCUCAAGGUCACGGUGAAGGGCCCAAGAGGCGGAGAGGAGCCCGUGACGGUGCGCGACGUCGGCGACGGCGUUCACGAGUGCGAUUACUACCCCGUCGUACCCGGGAAGUACACCAUCGUCAUCACCUGGGCAGGACACACCAUUCCACGCAGCCCCUUUGAGGUGGAGGUGAGCGAGGAGGCGGGGCUUCAGAAGGUCCGAGCCUGGGGUCCGGGCUUGGAGACGGGGAUGGUGGGAAAGUCGGCCGACUUCGUUGUGGAGGCCAUCGGCACAGAGGUGGGGACUCUGGGCUUCUCCAUCGAGGGCCCGUCCCAGGCCAAGAUCGAGUGCGACGACAAGGGCGACGGCUCCUGCGACGUGCGCUACUGGCCCACGGAGCCCGGCGACUACGCCGUGCACGUCAUCUGCGACGACGAGGACAUCAAGGACAGCCCCUACAUGGCCCACAUCCUCCCAGCGGCCAACGACGUCUUCCCCGAGAGGGUCAAGGCCUACGGUCCGGGUCUGCAGCCCACCGGCUGUAUCGUGAACAAACGGGCCGAGUUCACCAUCGACGCUCGCGGAGCCGGGAGAGGUCAGCUGAGGAUCUACGCCCAGGAUGCCGAGGGCUUCCCCAUCGACAUCCAGAUCACGGACAAGGGCGACGGCACCUUCAUCUGCGUCUACAUCCCCACCAAGCCCAUCAAACACACCAUCAUCAUCACCUGGGGUGAAGUCAACAUUCCCAACAGCCCCUUCAGGGUGAGCAUUGGGGAGGGCAGCCACCCGGAGAACGUUAGGGUGUACGGCCCUGGGGUGGAGAAGAGCGGGCUGAAGGCCAACGAGCCCACCUACUUCACCGUGGACUGCAGCGAGGCGGGGCAGGGUGAUGUCAGCAUCGGGAUCAAGUGCGCCCCCGGCGUGGUGGGCCCGGCCGAGGCCGACAUCGACUUCGACAUCAUCAAGAACGACAACGACACCUUCACCGUGAAGUACACGCCCCCCGGGCCCGGGCGCUACACCAUCAUGGUCCUGUUCGCUGACCAGGAAAUACCCAUCAGCCCCUUCAGGAUCAAGGUGGACCCCUCCCACGACGCGGCCAAGGUGCGGGCGGAGGGUCCCGGGCUGAACAAGACGGGUGUGGAGGUUGGCAAGCCCACCCACUUCACCAUCUACACCAAAGGGGCGGGCAAGGCCAAGCCGGACGUGCAGUUCGCCGCCGUGCUGAAGGGCGAGGCCGUCCGAGACUUCGAGAUCAUCGACAACCACGACUACUCGUACACCGUCCGAUACACGGCGGUGCAGCAGGGAAACAUGACAAUCUCGGUCUCACAUGGGGGCGAUCCCAUUCCCAAGAGCCCCUUCAAUAUCACCGUAGCCCCCGCCAUGGAUCUCAACAAGGUCAAAGUUCAAGGGCUGAACAACAAGGUCGAUGUGGGAAAGGAUCAGGAGUUCUCAAUCAACACGCGGGGCGCCGGAGGACAGGGUCACGUGGACGUGAAGAUCACCUCGCCCUCGCGCCGGCCAAUCCCGUGCAAGCUGGAGUCGAGCGCGGCCAAUGACUUUCACACGGUGAAGUACAUUCCGCCAGAGGAGGGGCCCUACAAGGUGGACAUCGGCUACGACGGGAACCCCAUUCCUGGGAGCCCCUUCACCGUGGAGGGGGUCAUGCCUCCCGACCCCUCAAAGGUGCGCGCGUAUGGCCCAGGCCUGAAGGGAGGAUUUGUGGGUAAACCGGCGCCCUUCGCCAUCGACACCAAGGGGGCGGGCACGGGGGGGCUGGGCCUGACGGUCGAGGGUCCCUGCGAGGCCAAGAUCGAGUGCCAGGACAACGGCGACGGCUCGUGCUCCGUGUCCUACCUGCCGACGGAGCCCGGCGAGUACGCCAUCAACAUCCUGUUCGCCGAGGCGCACAUCCCCGGCUCGCCCUUCAAGGCCGUCAUCCAGCCGGUCUUCGACCCCAGCAAGGUCACGGCGAGCGGCCCGGGCCUGGAGCGCGGCAAGGUGGACGAGGCCGGCUCCUUCACCGUGGACUGCUCCAAGGCCGGCGAGGCCGAGCUCACCAUCGAGAUCAUCUCGGACACGGGGGCCAAGGCCGAGGUGCACAUCCAGAACAACGCCGACGGCACCUACUCCAUCACCUACAUCCCGCCCUUCCACGGCACCUACACCAUCACCAUCAAGUACGGGGGGCACGCCGUGCCCAAGUUCCCCGCCCGCCUGCAGGUGGACCCCGCCGUCGACACCAGCGGGAUCAAGGUCUACGGACCCGGGGUUGAGCCCAGAGGCGUCCUGCGCGAAGUCGCCACGCACUUCGUGGUCGACGCUCGCGUCCAGAGCAAGACCGGGGGCGGCCACGUGAAGGCCCGGAUCGUCAACCCCUCAGGCAGCAACACGGACGCCUACAUCACCGAAAAGGGCGACGGGACUUACCAAGUGGAGUACACUACAUACGAGGACGGCAUACACCUGAUCGAGGUCCUGUACGAUGACGUCGCUGUCCCCAAGAGUCCCUUCAGGGUCAUGGUCACGGAGGGCUGUGACCCCACCCGUGUGCGUGCGUACGGCCCCGGCCUCGAGGAGGGCCUGGUCAACAAGCCCAACCGCUUCACCGUGGAGACCAGGGGUGCUGGCACCGGAGGUCUGGGUCUGGCCAUUGAGGGUCCAUCGGAGGCCAAGAUGUCCUGCAAAGACAACAAGGACGGCAGCUGCAGCGUGGAGUACAUCCCCUUCACCCCCGGGGACUACGACGUCAACAUCACCUUCGGAGGACUGGCCAUCCCAGGCAGUCCGUUUCGCGUGCCAGUGAGGGAGCUGGUGGACCCGAGCAAGGUGAAGUGCUCGGGCCCGGGGCUGGGGAGCGGGGUGCGAGCCCACGUCCCGCAGACCUUCACCGUGGACUGCAGCAAGGCGGGCCUGGCCCCUCUGGAGGUGCAGCUGCUGGGACCUACAGGAGCGGCCGAGCCUCUCAGCAUCAACGACAACGGUGACGGUACGCACACCGUGAACUACACCCCCGCCAAGGACGGCCCGUACACCGUGUCCGUCAAGUACGCCGACCAGGAGGUUCCGCGCAGUCCGUUUAAGGUGAAGGCGCUGCCCGCUCACGAUGCCAGCAAGGUGCGUGCCAGCGGGCCCGGUCUCAACGCCUCCGGGGUGCCCGCCAGCCUGCCCGUGGAGUUCACCAUCGACGCCCGCGACGCCGGGGAGGGGCUUCUGACAGUGCAGAUCCUGGAUCCAGAGGGUCGCACGCAGCAGGACUCGAUUUUUGUGGAGGACUGGGGAAGGAGGGUGUGGGAGAGACACAUUGUAAAGGGGACCCUCCCAUCCCCCCUUCUUAAGAAAGGCUGCGAUCCAGAGGGGAAGCCGAAGAAGGCCAACAUCCGGGACAACCGAGACGGGACCUACACCGUGUCCUACGUGCCGGACAUGACGGGACGCUACACCAUCACCAUCAAGUACGGGGGCGACGAGAUCCCCUACUCCCCCUACCGAAUCCACGCCCUGCCCACCGGGGACGCCAGCAAGUGCCUGGUCACAGUGUCUAUUGGAGGACAUGGAUUGGGUGCGGGUCUUGGCCCCACCAUUCAGAUCGGCGAAGAGACGGUCAUAACCGUGGACGCGAAGGCUGCUGGGAAGGGCAAGGUGACCUGCAAGGUGUCGACCCCCGACGGGGGGGAGCUGGACGUGGACGUGGUGGAGAAUUCCGACGGAACCUUCGACAUCUACUACACGGCCCCCAAGCCGGGAAAAUACGUCAUCACCAUCCGCUUCGGCGGAGAGCACAUCCCAAACAGCCCCUUCCACGUUGUGGCAUGUGACACCAUUCCUAUAGUCGAGGAACCAUGUGACAAGCUGCAGUUACAUCAGCCCUACGCUCCGUACCAGGGCUUCCCCCCUCACUGGGCCACGGAGGAGCCGGUCGUUCCCGUGGACACCAUGGAGCCCAUGCUCCGCCCCUUCAGCCUGGUCAUACCCUUCACGGUGCAGCAGGGUGAGAUCACAGGCGAGGUUCGCAUGCCUUCGGGAAAGACGGCCCGUCCUCACAUCACGGACAACAAGGACGGGACAGUGACCGUAAAAUACGCCCCCACAGAGAAGGGCUUGCACGAGAUGGACAUCAAGUAUGAAGGCAACCACAUUCCAGGGAGCCCGCUGCAGUUCUACGUCGACGCCAUCAACAGUCGUCACGUGACGGCGUACGGGGCCGGGCUGAGCCAUGGCAUGGUUAACAAGCCCGCUACCUUCACCAUCGUCACCAAGGAGGCGGGAGAAGGUGGUCUGUCUCUGGCUGUGGAAGGUCCAUCCAAGGCGGAGAUCACCUGCAAGGACAACAAAGACGGCACCUGCACCGUCUCGUACCUGCCCACCGCACCUGGCGACUACAACAUCAUCGUCAAGUUCGACGAUAAGCACAUCCCAGGCAGCCCUUUCACUGCCAAGAUCACAGGUGAUGACUCCAUGAGGACCUCACAGCUCAACGUUGGCACGGCAACAGACGUCUCUUUGAAGAUCACAGAGACGGACCUGAGCUCACUGGCAGCCAGCAUAAGAGCCCCAUCAGGGAACGAGGAGCCGUGUCUGCUUAAGAGACUGCCCAAUCGGCACAUCGGGAUCUCCUUCACCCCCAAGGAGGUGGGCGAGCACGUGGUGAGCGUUAAAAAGCAGGGGAAGCACGUGACCAACAGCCCCUUCAAGAUCAUGGUGGGCCAGUCGGAGAUCGGGGACGCCAGCAGGGUCAAGGUGUACGGGAAGGGCCUGGUGGAGGCGCACACCUUCGAGGUGGCCGAGUUCAUCGUGGACACCAGGAGCGCAGGCUACGGAGGUCUAGGCCUGUCGAUCGAGGGUCCGAGCAAAGUGGACAUAAACUGUGAGGACAUGGAGGAUGGGACGUGCAAGGUCACGUACUGCCCCACUGAACCCGGCACCUACAUCAUCAACAUCAAGUUUGCCGACCAGCAUGUUGCAGGAAGUCCGUUCACGGUGAAGGUGACCGGAGAAGGAAGGAUGAAGGAGAGCAUCACCAGGAAGAGGCAGGCGCCCUCCAUCGCCACCGUGGGGAGCACCUGCGACCUCAACCUCAAAAUCCCAGGGAACUGGUUUCAGAUGGUGUCGGCCCAGGAGCGUCUGACGCGCACCUUCACGCGCAGCAGCCACACGUACACGCGCACGGAGCGCACGGAGAUCAGCAAGACGCGCGGCGGCGAGACCAAGCGGGAGGUGCGCGUGGAGGAGAGCACGCAGGUCGGCGGCGGGGGCGGCGGCGGCGGCGGCAGCGGCGGGGGCCCCUUCCGAAACGUCUUCGGAGACUUCCUGGGCCGGGAGAGCAUGGGCGCCUUCAGCACCUCAGUCCCGCCCAGACAAGAGGGUGAGACGGGCACACAGGAGAUGACGGCCCAGGUGACCAGCCCGGGGGGCAAGACGGAGGACGCCGAGAUCAUCGAGGGGGAGGACAGCACCUACAGUGUGCGCUUCGUGCCCCAGGAGAUGGGGCCCCACACCGUCAGCGUCAAGUACAGGGGCCAGCACGUGCCCGGCAGCCCCUUCCAGUUCACCGUGGGGCCCCUGGGAGAGGGCGGGGCCCACAAGGUCCGGGCCGGGGGCACCGGGCUGGACCGGGGCGUCGCCGGCGUUCCAGCGGAGUUCAGUAUCUGGACUCGCGAGGCGGGAGCAGGGGGUCUGUCUAUCGCCGUGGAGGGGCCCAGCAAGGCGGAGAUCUCCUUCGAGGACAGGAAGGACGGAUCCUGCGGGGUCACCUACGUUGUUCAGGAGCCUGGUGAUUACGAGGUGUCAAUCAAGUUCAACGACGAGCACAUCCCCGAUAGCCCCUUCAUCGUCCCCAUCGCCACGCUUUCGGACGACGCGCGACGGCUCACCGUCACCAGCCUCCAGGAAAAGGUUCUGAAGGUGCACCAGGAAGCGUCCUUCGCUGUGCAGCUGAACGGCGCUCGGGGCGUGAUCGACGCCAAGGUGCACACGCCCUCCGGCGCUGUGGAGGAGUGCUUCGUCACCGAGCUGGACAGCGACAAACACGCGAUCCGCUUCAUCCCGCGGGAGAACGGCGUUCACUCCAUCGACGUCAAGUUCAACGGCUCCCACAUCCCCGGCAGCCCCUUCAAGAUCCGCGUGGGGGAGCCGGGGCAGGCGGGGGACCCGGGGAUGGUGACCGCGUUCGGGCCCGGCCUGGAGGGAGGCACCACAGGCGUGGCUUCGGAGUUCAUCGUGAACACCUGCAACGCGGGCCCAGGGGCGCUGUCCGUCACCAUCGACGGUCCGUCCAAGGUGAAGAUGGACUGCAUCGAGUGUCCAGAGGGGUACAAGGUGACGUACACGCCCAUGGCCCCCGGCAGCUAUCUCAUCACCAUUAAGUACGGGGGGCCCCAGCACAUCGUGGGCAGCCCCUUCAAAGCCAAAGUCACAGGAGCGCGGCUGUCCGGGGGGCACAGCCUGCACGAAACCUCGUCCGUUCUCGUGGAAACCGUCACCAAGACGUCGUCCACCAGGGGCGGGGCCUUCGCCUCCCUGCCCAAGUUCUCCUCAGACGCCAGUAAGGUGGUGUCCCGGGGCACCGGCCUCUCCAAAGCCUUCGUGGGACAGAAGAACACCUUCACGGUAGACUGCAGUAAAGCAGGGACAAACAUGCUGAUGGUGGGGGUUCACGGGCCCAAGACCCCGUGUGAGGAGGUGUACGUCAAGCACAUGGGCAACAGGAUGUACAACGUCACGUACACGGUGAAGGAGAAGGGCGACUACAUCCUCAUCGUCAAGUGGGGGGACGACAACGUGCCGGGCAGCCCUUACCACGUCACCGUACCCUAAAAUCACCCCCGCCGCCCCCCGUCUCUCCCCCUCCUUUACCACAGACUGCACACCCUAAUGGACCUAACACCUGGGGCGCACUAAGAAUCGCAGACAUUUUUUUGAUCUCUCUCUUGGAAAAAAGAAAAAAGACAAAAUAUUCUCUUCCGGUAUCCAGUGCCAAAUCUGCGUGUUAGCCUUAGAGCAUGCUCGUAGCGAGAAAGAACAGCAGAGUUCCGUGCCAAUCACUUUAAUUGCACCUCACGGUUCUUUUUGUAAGGUCAGCCCCCUCCCAACAUGGUUUUUUCUUUUGUGCUGGAAUUUAAAAAAAUAUUUUUUUUUGAUUAUAGACAACUGUACGAUGAGGAAGGAAGGAGGAUCCUUUUUUUUAUGCAGGUAAAGUCUCGCCUGUUUUCGGUGUACGUGUGAAGGAACUAACUGAAUCAGCUGUGGCUUUUUUCACCUUGUUGCCUUUAGAAUGAAAAUUUGCAAAGUGCCUUUUUUUACUGUCAGAUUACACACACACACACACACGCAUGCUCCCACACACAGACACACACAGACACACACACACACACACACACACACAUGCUCUCUCACUCACGCACACCCACACACACAAACAUGGGGAAAACUAGUGAUCAACACCACUUCCAAAAGCUGUCAAGAGUCAAGAACGGACAAAAAUAAUUGGAAUUUAUUUAUUUAGUUUUUUAAUUACCUUUUCAGGACAGGACUUUUUCUUUAUUUUUAAUGGAAAAAGAAAAUCAGAAAGCUCAGUAAAACAAUCUCCAUGAUCAAAAUGCUGAACAUUGAGAUUUCCUGUGUGAUACUGUAACCCAGGGUUAAGUAACCUGAUUGGUCAGGAGACUUUUGUAAAAAGACAGCAGUGGUUUCUUAUGUGAAUGUUAAAACAGACUUUGAAAUUUAAAAGCAGUAUUGAGUGACAUUUUAUAGUGUUUUUGUAUGUAUUAAAAUGAAAAAAUGUACUUGUUUGAUAUAUUAACAUGCUGUUUGGUAAGAAUGUGCAGACAUAAUAAACUUUUAACUGCUAACUUGCCAUGAAAAAAAAAA